AGACAAGGAUGUAUACACGGUGAGGAAUUGCCGUACGUCUUCGGGGCCCCCUUGGUUGGGGGCCUCACGCACUUCGGGCGGAACUACACGAAGUCGGAGAUGUUACUUGCAGAAACCACCAUGAUUUAUUGGAGUAAUUUCGCUAGGACUGGGAAUCCUAACGAACCGCAGGAAGCCGAUAUUGCUCACGGCGCUAGACAAGAAAGGAAUCGCUUCAAGAAUAUUGAAUGGACUGUAGAAGCCGUCCACAAGAAAUAUUUAAAUUUAGAUACAAAACCAAAGUUGAAGAAUCACUACCGAGCACAUCGACUGUCCUUCUGGUUAAACUUAGUUCCUGAUCUACACAAACCAGGCGGAGAUGAUGUGCCGCGAUCACAUCACGAACUUCCGGACGACGAACCACAGCCAAAGCUGCCGUCGCUGAAUCCCAGAAAACUUACAACAAUCGAACCUCCGGACCAGAAAUCCACGCAGAUAUCCCUAAAUUCGUCAGCUGUAACUCCGACUAUUGAUUCUACAGAGCGAGUUGAAGAACUCGGCGGAGCCAGUACAACUACCCACCCCGUCGAAGAUGGUUUCGCAGCCUAUUCAACGGCAUUGAGCGUGACGAUAGCAAUAGGAUGUUCGCUGUUGAUCCUCAACGUUCUCAUCUUCGCCGGUGUGUAUUACCAACGCGACAAGACUAGGAUGAACGAGAACGGACAUGGACAGGCAAAGAAGCGCAAUGAAAACGGUCAGAUGCCGAACAACAUCUGCGGAGAUCUAGAGUCCAGCAUCAUAGGCGUUAAGAGUGAUCCAGCGACGAUCCUGGGCCAUCACCAUUCGCAUCAUCAGCUGCCGCCUCCGGAAUUCGCCGACAUACCACAGAAUAACGCAACACUGCCGCGUCCACCGCCUCCGCCAAAACUGUGUAAAGCCAAUGUUAACACCCUUACGUCCAACCCCAUGCCGGAGAAUCAGCCGCUGCUGUCCACGCACAGCAUACAAUUGAUCAACACCGGUACUUUAACCAAAAAGAACACACAGCUUAACAGCAAACAGAACAUCCCCAUGGAAGAGCUGCGUGUGUGACGCGAACUAAAGUGAUCCAUUGCAAUAAUUUUAUUUACGGGGGAAUGUUGAAGGAGAACAGAUUGGAACGAAUUGAAAUUGAAUUAAUGGAUACAUAAACUGAUUGCUCAAAAAUCACCGGACACUUGAACUUUAGUGAUUUUAUUUUAUUUUUUACUUAGCGACUUCAAGUAAAUGAAGAGAAGAAUCAAGUAUAAUAAACAAUAUAAAUCUUAUCGCCAUUUCCGCAGGGAGGAACGUAUUCAAUUGUCCCCGCGGAUAAUGUAUAAAUCGGUUUCUUUAAAACUACGUGUUUACACUUAUAUUCUGAGGGAUACAUAGAAUUUUCUUGACGCUAUUGCAAUUACCUAAAGUCCCCAAGAGACCAACGUAUAUAAGUAAGAUGUAACGAAUUGCAAUAACGUCAGCUGUAUAAAAACAAAACUGAAUAAUAUUUUUAAACAAGCGCUAAACCUUUAGCAAAUGUUUAAACUAAUUUAAGGUGGAUGCGUCUGUUCUACAUUGCACGGUAAAAAUCGCUUCGUUAUAGGAAUUGGAAUUGUACAUAAACAUAAUCUUUUAACAUGUCUACUUUAUUGUUAAUGUAUAGUUAAAUCUACUUUUCUGUGAUAGAUACAUAAUUAAUAUUUAUAUUUCAAAUGAUUGUUGACAGUGGAUUUCCGACUUGGA